AUAUAUAUAUAUGGCAGUGUUUGUGUUUAUAAAAGCAUCCAUAUCACUGAAAGCCAGGUUUCUAAUAAGCGCCGUAACCUUCUGAAAGCAUCCAGGCCUCAGUCAAGGGUGUCCGUGUUAAUGCCACGGAGGGAAUCAGUGUUUGUGGAUGCCAUUUGAAACUCGGAGCAAAAUAACAUCACGCUGCAGCUGAGAGCAGGAAAACAUCUCAUGCACGGUCUGAAGCGCUUAAUGGUUCCGAGCUUCCCCCCCUCUCAGCAUUCAGCCGUGGCGUUCAAGAAGCACCAUACCCACGUAUAUAUUUUUAGUAAGCCUUUGGGCUUCUUUCAGUGUCCCUAAAAGAGCAUGGUUGCCCGGCAACCGUUAUUGUUGCCAUGGAGAUUCAUGUGUUGGCAGCUGCUGCAAUCAGCAUCAACUCGAGGCUGCACGUUCCCAUUCCGAUAGUCAGGCAGGCGAUGAGGAAGGCAGCGAGGACACACAGCCAAAGAGAGAGAGAGAGAGAGAGAGAGAGAGAGAGAGAGAGAGAGAGACUUUUUACACAAGUCUCUUCUUCAUCACCGCACCUCAGCUGACAAGAGAAGCCCCAAACUUCGCCGUUGACGCGCAAACAGAGGGAGAAACUCACUGAGAGGCGUCAGGAGUUCCCGGAACCCACCAGGCCAUGGACCGGAGGAUGAACCUGAACGGCGGCGCGGCAGGGGACAUUUUUCACAAAACUCUCAGCGCCGUGUCCGGCAAAAAGAUGGACCCGUUCAGAGCGUCUGCCGGCAUGGAGCUGCCGCCCAGAGACCGCCAGUCUCCAAUUAGCUGCUUUGACCAAGUCGAUCCUGACCCGAUCCAGCCCGGUGGACUGGCUGGAAGCAGAGGGGGCACUUUGGGUCUGCCGACCGGAUCUUUGUGCGUCAAGUACGGGGAGAGCGCCAACAGGACCUCGGCGGCGGAAAGCAGCGGCGGAGAGCAGAGCCCCGACGACGACAGCGACGGGCGGUGCGACAUGGUCCUCCUGACGGACGUGCGGACAGCAGCCGGGGGCAAAGCUGAAGGAGGAGGUAAGAAAACCAAAGAGCAGAAAAUGCUGCGGCUCAACAUCAACGCCAGGGAGAGACGGCGGAUGCACGACCUGAACGACGCGCUGGAUGAGCUCCGGGCGGUCAUCCCCUACGCGCACAGCCCGUCGGUGCGCAAACUCUCCAAAAUCGCCACCCUGCUGCUCGCCAAGAACUACAUCCUCAUGCAGGCGCAGGCGCUGGAGGAGAUGAGGAGGCUGGUGGCGUACCUUAACCAGGGCCAGGCCAUCUCCGCGGCUUCCAUACCGGCCACCACCGCGCUGGCAGCUCCUCCACCCGGCCUGGGUGCGUACGAGCAACCGCCCGGAUACCCGUUUCCCGCCGGGGUGGCUGCGCCCUCCUGCCCGGACAAAUGCGCCCUAUUCAACAACGCCGCGUCUAGCCUCUGCAAACAGUGCACUGACAAGCCUUAAAACUGACCACAGAGACUACAAAGAAGCACACAAGAAGGAGAAAAACCUGACAGAAGAUCGAGUAGAGACAAAAAUGAACAUUUUAUAAUAUUUACUAAACGCAUUAAACCUCGCUUCUGUUUUUUUUUUUCUCUGUUCGAACAACACUUGAUUGUGUACAUAAAUCAUCUUUAAAGUGCUGGUGUGAAUGAAGGCCGAACAGAAGCUGAAUUAAAGGCCUGUUGCUCCGUGAUGGACCCUCUGUGGAGAUUUCUGGGUGACCUGACAACCUGCGCGACUUUUUUUUUUUAUUUAUUUUUUUAUCCGGAGCGCAACAGCACCGACCUCACUCUGCUGCUUUCUCAUGCGUUUACUUUGACUACUAUAUCAAAGGCCCAGUUUUCAAAAGAACCUUCCAAGUGAAUGUUUUGGACGAGGAGAGUUAAAUAAAAAAAAGAAAGAAAGAAAACAAGUGAACCACUCGGUUAGGUACUUAUUUAGUUGCGAAAGCUUUACUUUCAACUCAGCGAAUUUAAAAAAAAAAAAAAAUCUGAAAAAGUAGAAAAGCAUACAUUUAGGUCUACAAGGUGGUUUUAUGUGUCUUUUGUAAUUUAUUAAUUUGGGAUAUUUAUGGUAUUUAUGCUUGCAUUGCACAUUGUCGUCUAAGUUGAUGUGUUUUCUGCAUUUUUUCAUGAUUUUUCGUUCUGAUGAAUCGCGCUGUCAGGUCAAGGCUUUGGUUUAUCGCUGUAGAUACUUUGGUUUGUUAUAAGAUCAAAGGGGGCCGUUUGUAUGUAUUUGAGUGUGGAAAAGCUUUAUUAAAAUAUUUUGAACAACA